AUGAUGAACCCCAAGGAGGAAACCCACCUUGAGGACGUCCUGCCUAGGAGCACCCGGGGGGGAGCUGUAGAGAAUGUACUGAAGGAAUUCUUCGCCACACACAUUCCGCUAAGUGUGGAAAUGCAGAAAAUGCAAAAGAGCGGGAAUAGAGAAGAAGCCCUAAAAAUGAUGAAAAAUAAUAUGAACAAACUGAUAGACGAAUGCUUCUUUGUGUUGCACAGUAUUAUCACCUGUGCACUGAAAGGCAUUUUAAAGAUCGAGACGAUUGAAGAAGUGCAGUUGUACCAUUUGAUCUACGUGUGGUUCAUUCCUGUUUGUGAAGUAGAAAGGAGGAGAAAAGGGGCAAGUACUUACUGUGAAGGUGCAAAUGGAGCAGAGUUAGAUGAACAGAAGCGAAAAGGCUCAGGAAGAACGAUGAUUACCGAGGUGGAAAGACGCUUUCCAUUCGGAGGGGUCUACCUAAGUGAAUGGAUCAUAACAGGAAUUAACAAAGCCUUGAGCAUGAUACUUUGUGGUAGCGGUUCUCAGCAAGUGUCCCUUGGGAAUUGGUCAUUCGUCCUCGAUUUGAUCAAAUUUGUGUAUGCCGAGGGGGAUAUUUUAUCCAAGUAUCUACGCGGGGGGGUGGUACGUCAAGGAGAGAAUGCAAGACCAACGGAUAGUGGGACCCACAUGGAAAAACGCAACAGUAACGUAAAGGCAAUUGAUGAUAGGGAAAACCACAUGGACACAGCAUUGGAAAAGUAUCAUGCAGAGAUUCACAACAUUAUUAAGGCAUAUUUUAGCCUCCCAUUUGUUCUAUUUAAGUGUAUAACCGAUAUAGGGGUAAAAAAAGGAGAGGACGAAAAGAGAAAGCUGUAUAUCUAUCAGCACAUAAUUCCAGGAGAAUUGAAUGAUGAAGGAUUUUCUAAACAGGCUGUGAAGACUUGUGUCUUCUUUUGGUUGCAUGGAGGAGAAGGUACAGUGAACUACGAAAAGAUGGCCGUGUUAACGAAGCGACUGGUGAACUGCCAUUUGGUGAAUCCCUUUUGUCAGACACUCCUUGCGGGGCUUCUAUUAGUAAGUGGGAGUGACAAGGCGGCCGACGUGGGUGGAAGCUCAGAGGAUGCACUUACCUUAACCCGGAUGAGCGACCUCCUGCAGAAUCUCUUUUAUUACGUGCAUCUGUACUGCCAUGGUGAGUUUGUGGGACAAAAGCUUCUCACCUGCUUAAUUGAGAAUAUUAAUCCCUUUGUUAAGGUUGUUCAAAAUGAAGAGAAACUCUCUUUAUGUUUAUUUAACCGAACAGUGAAGCAUCUUCUUUCUGUAAUUAUCAAACUUUUCUUCUUGUACAAAUGGGAUUUUUACAUUUUGGAAAAAUUCUUCAGCAUCUUCUCCCGUAACUGUUUGCCGCUCAGUUUUUCCCUCACAUUUAUUGAGCUCAUAGGGGAUUUAGUGGGGCCCAACUGGACAGUUUCCAACUUACCGUUCGUGGAUUUCACACAUGAGAAAAAAACGAUUAACUCCAGUGAGGUGAUUCGCGAGAAAAAAAGUUAUCGCGCCGUUGUUCGGCAAUUGAAGGGGGAAGAGAAUCAAAGCACGUAUUGGUGUGUUACAAAUUGCAGUAUGGAUGAACGGAACAUGGUGGGAAUAAUGGCGUUCGAAUUUUUAAAAGAAAUGUUUUUCUUCGUUUUAGGACAGUUUUCCCCAGAUUCUCAGGAGAAAGAUUCUUCCACUUUUGUCCCCAUCAUUUUAAGUAAAUUACUCUACACCUUUAGCAUACACAUGAAUUUUUUAAAUAAAAAGCUUGUUGAGAGUUCGUAUCAUUUUGAAGCACUUUCCGAGGUGGAGUUACACAUAUACAAAUUCAAUUCCCACAACAGUGUAAAGAUAUUUGAAAGGAUUACGACAAUGGUGCGUGAGUUGUUUAAGCGCAAGGAUGAAGUGUCUUUGAUCGGGGGGCAAAUACUGGCUGACCAUUUCAGGCUAUACGUUGAUGGACUAUCCUACAAGGAGGAAAAGAAGCAUUCGCAGACCGAUGAAAAAAUGGGAAAUUGUGAAAACUGUAGGGAGGGAGAUAGUCUCUUCCCCAUUUUGCAAGAGCCAGAAGAGAGAUUCCCAGAAGAACUGAGGUGUUUCAAGGUUAUUAAGCAGAAUGGGUUUGUCUACCUGGACGACCUUAUCUGCACGAGCGACCCGGAGCUGUGUAGCGAGGUUGUAAAAAUGGGUGAAAAAUUGGAUGACGAAUUGGAUGACGAAUUGGGUGACAAAUCUAAUGACAAAAUUGACGGGCUGGUGGUCACCCUGCGGGAACCACUCCCUGACGAAGGGAAGAAGAAAAGAGAAGACGACAUGCUGAUUCGAAAUGCAGAUUCGUUAAUAGACAACGAACUAUACAACAUGAAGGAGAAGCAGUUCCUAGUUGAGUUAGAAUUGGAAAACGAAUUCUACCUCAACGUGGAUAGGAACAAGGAAAUGUAUAUAGACCCCCCGGGAGAUCUAUUCGAAUGUUUGCACAGAAUGAAAAAUAGAGCUAAUUAUAUCGAAAGAAAUGACCAAGAAAUAAAUUACGACCAUUUGAAAUUGAGUGACACAAAGGAGACGUAUGAUGAAGAAAAUUUUCGCAUAAGUCAAGCAGUUGUCUCCUUGCCCAGGUUUAUUAGAAAGGGAGAUGUGUUAACCUAUUUGUGUGUAGAAUUAUAUGAAGCGUUACUUUCGCUAAACCAUGUGAGUUGUCUUCUACGAGAAGGGAAGAGUUCUUUCACUGCAAUCAAACUGUUCGACAUGAUCCUUCUCACCAUCAAUGCACCAAUUGAAAUAUGCAAUUUUGUUUUUAAAAAUAUCUACUCGAAUAUAUACUCGAAUGUACAGAAGAUGGUGAUGCUCUUGUGUUUGCAGUUGUGCGUGAUGUUUCUUUCGGGGCGUGCUACUCUUCGGGAGGUGUUUCAGAGCGCGCGAGAGGUGACAGCGCAGAUAUGGCUGAAUGAAGGGGAUACCCGUCGCUUGGAGCACCAAACUGACUUAGAAAACAUGUCGGAUAAAUUUUAUCACCUCACUGAAAAUUUCCCAAGCGAUGAUGGCAACGUUACUAUAUCUGAUGAUGUCGCUGUCCAUGUCUCUUCUGAACGGGAGGGGGGACAACUCCUCUUCGAUGCGAAUGGCGCGAAUGGAGAAGAGGAGGAACCACUUCCAAGUGGAAGGACAGAAUGGGAGAGGAACACCCACCUGUUGCAUAAGCCAAAUAUGGACAGACACGAUAAAAGCAAAAUUUGUGAUCUGCGAAAAAAAAGAAAAAGUAAUAACGCUUUGCUUAAAAGAAAGCAGGCCUCCCAAAUGAGCCUCCAAAAUAGUGGAAAAAAAAACAAAUCGAUGAGCACCCUUUGUAGCUUCUUCUUCCCUAGUGCGUACACAAAAUUGCUAAACGUAAACAUAAAGAAGGAAGACUCCAAAAUGGAAUAUGAUGAAUACAAGUUGAAAAAAUAUUAUUCAAAUGAAGCAUCCCUUGUCUUAUCAUUAAUAUCAACGUACAUGGUAUUUUUCAUCAGCUCGUGCAACUGCAAUUUGUCUAUAGACGACAUUUUGACGGAUGGAUUUACAUUAGCAAAUUUUUACAUUCGAAAUAAAAAUUCCCUUAUUCGAAGAGUAAGUUUUAAGUUAUUAUUUCAUAUGAUAAAUUUUAUUUUAAAAAAAAAAAAGUUUUAUUUGUUGGAGCAUGCAAAUUACAUGGACGUGAUUAGUUACAUGUCGGAAAAUGUCUGCUUCGAUCAGGAUGGCCCAUCUGUACAACUGAUGCAGUGCAUCUUAGGUGUCCACAAAGUACUUGUGGGGGAGAGUAUUCCAAGGAAGUAA